GUCAGGAAUGGUAUUGAAGCUUGCAGUAUUGGUUAUCGUUGUCAUAUGCUUGUAUAGCCAGGAAGGAAUGGCUAAUGCAAAUUUUAAAUUAGUAACAUGCAAAUCACUCAAACCAAUAGAAGGUGGUGACAUUGUUUACCACCUAAAGGAUGGUAAAAUGCGCGGUGUGGACAGCACUGCUUAUCUAGUAUGUAAGCCUGAAUUUGUUCCUGUCGGUUACAAUGUUAGCACAUGCUGCUAUGAUGGAAUUUGGCGACCCGAGCUUGGUUACUUUAAUUCAUUUCAUUUCAAUUACUAA